AUGACAUAUAUACAUAUCAAGCUCAUCUUACCUCUGUAUCUCCAGGCAGCUUUUCUUGGGGCGACAGCGAUAGGUCUGCUGUCUUACGCGCGUGAUGUAUACGCCGAGAGAGACGCCGGGGGCAACGGAGCACUGCAUAGCAAAACUGAUGACAUUGUUAAUUCACUCUUCUUCCUCGGCUUUCUGUUUGCUCUCUCCGUCGCCGCUCUACGCCGACCGCAGGAGAAUACCGGAAUUGCAGAUUUCAUCCUUUCCCUCUCGUUUGUCACAAUCACUUUCGGUACUGUGAUAUUUAUCUGGGGGAACAUGCCAAAGCCUGUUUCUAUUUCAUUCAGCGUAGGUUUUGCCCUUCUGGCUGUUGGAUAUGCAACAUGCGUUGACUCGGACCCGGAUCAAGAAGGAGGAAACCCUCUUAAAUCUGCCCGUCGAUGGUUACAGCGCUACAGGGGUUUAACGAAACCUCAAUAA